GGCAUCAAAAAGAUCGGAGGCACCAAAAAUGCCUUCAUUAAAUCACUCUGGCGUGUAAGUCAUUAAACCAGUAGAAUUGCUCGCAAUUUGCUUCGGUGUAACAAAUAAAAUAACGAAAGAGCGAAAAAAUCAUCUACAGUUUGUAACUGCAAUAUGGACUUUUACGUGAAAAAUUUUCUUGCCAUAGUCUGCUUUUUGAUUUCAAUCCGGGAUACAAUAGGCAACGAGCGGCCGACUUGCCAAGAAGAAUGUCCUGAAGGUUUCGAGAAGAUCUCGGGUCUGUCCCACUGCUAUAAACUGUUGCUGCCACUGGGUCCAGUUAGUCAGGACAAAGCAGUCGCUGCGUGUGGCUUCGAGGGGGGCUCAACUGUCCUCACUUUCGACUCCCCCGGAGAAGAUCAAGUGGUACGCGAUCAUUUCUUCGCCCAUUACCACAAGGCUAUCCAGAGCGAUCAAGCAUACUUGCACAACGCUGGGUUCUGGACUGGCUAUGUCAGAAUGUAUGGAAACGUUACCAACCAAUUCUUAAACAUGUACUCUGGACUCCCAAUGGAUGAAGACCUCUUCAGGCCUGGUCAACCGGAUAAUAUUGUGCUGGGCAGUUGGGGCGAAGAAGCUUGCGUGGCUCGGAAGAAGUUCUCCAAGGAAACUCUUAAUCGGAAUGGAGACCAGGGUCUGGACGACUACACCUGCGGGUUCCCCCAAUGGGUCAUCUGCAUGCAGCGUGAUGUGUUUGGACUGAACAAGCGAGCCUACAACACGGCUCUGAUGGAUGGCGUCCAGCUACCUACCGGGCGACAGUGCGAGCUGGAUUGGACCCAGCAGAACCUGUACCAGCUGACCAUGUUGAAGGACAAGCAACUGGCCAAGGGGUUGGAUGAGGCAAUAGAGUUGGCCGACCGAUACACGGAAAUUCUCAACUCCGACGCUAUCAGAUCUCCAACUUGCCCUGUAGUUUGACCAAUCAAAACGAAGUCAGAAGAUGAUGAGGAAAAUAGCACGAACUUCUGGUUCCCCUGUAAAUAAAUAAAAGUGUACUGUGCUAGUUCUAUUGUAAACAUUUUGUAAAAAUUUAUUUCACAAAUUUUCUAAUUGUCAGUUGUAAAAUUAACAUUGU